UGUGUGUUUUUUUCUUUUCCUCCCUUUUGGCGAUUUGCAUCGUGCAGUUCGGAUUUGAUUUUAGAGUUGAGAAUGUACAACGGUAUGAUGGAUCCUGAAUUGAUUCGCAUAGCUCAAGAACAGAUGAGUAGAAUCUCCCCAAGUGAAUUGGCCAAAAUCCAACAGCAGAUGAUGUCCAAUCCUGAGUUGGUGAAAAUGGCCACGGAGAGCAUGAAGAACAUGAGGCCAGAAGACUUGCGAAAUGCUGCCGAACAGUUGAAGUAUGCUCGUACAGAAGAUAUGAUAGACAUGGGUUCGAAGAUGGCUAAUGCCUCACCCGAAGAGAUGGCAACUAUGCGUGCCCGUGCAGAUGCACAGAUUAAAUAUGAGUUGAAUGGUGCUCAGAUGCUAAAGAAACAGGGUAAUGAGCUUCAUAGCCAGGGGAAGUUCAGUGCUGCUACAGAGAAGUAUUUACUUGCAAAGAACAACCUAAAGGGAAUUCCAGACUCUAGAGGUAGCGCACUCCGAUUGGCAUGUUCUCUGAAUUUAAUGUCCUGCUACUUGAAGAUGAAGCAAUAUGAUGACUGUGUAGAGGAGGGUUCUGAGGUGAUGGCAUAUGAUGCAGACAAUGUCAAAGCUUUAUACCGGAGGGGUCAGGCAUAUAAAGAAUUAGGACAAUUAGAAGAUGCUGUGUCUGACUUGAAGAAGGCGCAUGCGAUUUCUCCACAUGAUGAAACUAUUGCAGGUGCUCUGAGUGAUGCUGAGGAAAAAUUGGCAAAAGAAGGUGGAGGGCAACGAAGAGCAGGACGAUUAGUCAUUGAAGAAAUAACUGAAGAAGAAGUGCGAACUGUCCCUGCUGAAAGCCACAAAAGCUCGACAUCAACAGAGUAUUCUGUGAUACAGUCAUUGGAUGCCGGUGAAUGCUCUCAAAGUCAAAGUGUUUCCAACUUUAGUGGGCGUACUACUGAGGCUGAGUGUUUGCAAGGUUUGAAAGAUGAUCCAGAAGCCAUCAGGUCAUUUCAAAAUUUUAUUUCAAAUACCAACCCUGAGACUCUGGCCGGUUUGAGUGCUGGAGGGGUUCCCCCAGACAUGCUUAAGAGUGCCUCGAGUAUGAUCGGCAAAAUGUCACCUGAAGAACUUCAAAAAAUGCUCCACAUGGCUUCAUCUUUUCAGGGGACAAGUUCAUAUUUUCCUGGAGGGACCACAGAGAAUCAAGGUGACAGUUCCAGAUCAGGAUCAUUUCCACCAGAUGUGUCACCUGACAUGCUCAAAACUGCAACUGAUUUGAUGAGUAAGAUGUCACCAGAGGAGGUUCAGAAUAUGUUUGAAGUUGCUGCUUCUUUAAGAGGGAAAGAUUCUGUUUCAACAGCAAAAGCAGUUGAUACAAAUGGUCGAAGAUCAGAGAAUGGGUCGAAAUUCUCCAAGGCCAAUGGAAUUUCCGCAAUUAAUGGGAAUUCUGAUGUAGGAGAAAGUAGUUCUCGUCAGUUGCAUGCAAAUUCUAAAAUGGGGUCAUCUCCUUUGCUAAAUUUUCCAAACUCAACUGCUGAUUUGCAAGAACAGAUGAGAAAUCAAAUGAAUGAUCCAGCAAUGCGUCAGAUUUUUACAUCAAUGAUCAAGAAUAUGAGCCCAGAAACGAUGGCAAGCAUGAGCGAACAAUUUGGAGUAAAGCUUUCACGGGAGGAUGCAGAAAGGGCACAACAAGCAAUGUCUUCUUUAUCACCCGAAAACUUGGAUAGAAUGAUGCGGUGGGCAGAUAGGGUACAGAGAGGGGUUGAAGGUGCAAAGAAGACUAAGAACUGGCUUUUGGGAAGACAAGGAAUGAUUCUUGCGAUAUGCAUGCUCAUCUUGGCAAUUGUCCUUCACUGGCUGGGCUUCAUUGGCAGUUAAAGACUGUGACUCAUUCUCUCUUUGUGACAUAAGGCUUCUAACAGAGUAGAACCGGUUCAUUCCAGCUUGGUGACUAGUUGCAGUUAUCCAGUUGGUCUGGUCAUCGUAUAACAUGG